UAUUGGAAAGUCUUUUCUCGAUAAUAAUAGCAUUCGGUAAAAGAUGGAAGACUUACAGCCAAUGUCAGCUGUUGGGCAAACUUCUUUCUGUGUGGAAUUGAUGAAGCGCCUCAACAUUCAGCGAAAACAAGAUUACUUGUGCGACAUUACUUUGGUGACGAACGACGACAGAGAGUUAAAAGCUCACAGAAAUGUUCUUUCCGCCGCAAGUCCGUUCUUUUGCAAGCUUCUUAAGAGCGAAAUGAAGGAGAAUCGAGAGGGAAUUAUUCGAUUUGAGGAGAUCUCAGGAUGUGUUAUGGAAGAUGUUCUGGAAUUCAUCUACGCUGGAACCGUGGAAGUAACUCAGGAGAAUGCCAAGGAACUGAUCGCCGCAGGAAACUAUCUGAUUAUACCGAGCUUGAAAACUGUUUCUGGUCGAUUUCUACAAGGAGAAAUGUCUAAUACAAAUUGCAUCUCGACCUUUUAUUUCGCUGAGAAAUACGACUGUGUCGAGCUAAUCCGCAACAGCAGGAAAUUCGUCCACGAAAAUUUCGCAUCCGUAGGAGAAAUGGAUGAGUUUUUAAGCUUGGAAGCCAAGGAGGUGGCGGUGUGGAUUUCAAGUGACGAGAUUGCUGUGGAAGCGGAAGCCGACGUCUACAAGAUUAUACUUAAAUGGGUUGAACACAGCGAGAGCGAGCGAAAAGCAGCAUUUGAAGAGUUGUUUCGUCACGUUCGGCUGAAUUUCCUUUCGCGUGACUGUUUGGAGGAUGUCGUGACAAACGAACUAGUUCGUGAGAAUUUGGCUUGUGUGAAGCUGGUCAUGGAUGCUACUGUAAAGAUGGCUACUUUUGCGAGUGAAGAUGAUCUCCCGCAGUCACCAAGGAAAGGUCUGGAAACACGUGUUAUUUUAGCAUGUGGUGGCAAGUUCACUUUUUGUUAUCUUCCUGAAGAAAACCAAUGGAAGCGGCUGCCAGACGGGUCAACCGAGAGAAACCAGAAAACACAAAUGCUAACAUUUCGUGAUCAGCUGUACACAUUUAAGGAGUUCAGCAAGGCAGAGAAGUAUGAUACCGUGUUUAAUAGCUGGUCAAAGUCCGAUCUGAUUGACGUAUCGGCAGAUAGCGCCAUUGUGACUGUUGUCAAAGGGGAUAUGUACGCCAUUGAAGUUAACAAACCCGUUGGAAAGUCUACUAUUAAGAUGUACAAUGUGCAGCGUUGUACAUGGCAAACAGUUGUGGAAUCUCCCCAAGGCUGCAGGAACAGUUGCUGUGUUAUCGCAGGUGGCAGCUAUCUGUACCUUUUAGGUGGAUCGACCCCUGGCAAUACUAGUUAUGUCUCUAAAGCAGAGAGAUUCAGCAUUGCGGAAAGCCAAUGGGAAGAAAUCGCUAACAUGCAACAAGGAAGAGGUGGUGCCUUUGGAGUGGCGGGUAAAGAAAUGAUUUUUGUUGCUGGAGGCUUAAACGAAAAGAAUAAGGUGUCAAAAAAAUGCGAGAUGUACAACGUUUCUACAAACGAAUGGCACUUCAUUGGAAGCUUAAACACUUGCCGUGUUUAUGGCAGCAUGGUGUGUCUGAGUGAAACAUUCUACGUACUUGGUGGCACCAAGAAUAAUAGGGAUAGAUUACUGUCAGUUGAAUGUUACAACUCUGCAGAAGACAAGUGGAUUGAGAAGACAUCCAUACCAAUUGAAAGGUGCGCAGCAGAAAGCAAGAACACGUUCACUGGAUGUGUGGUGAAGCUCUCUGAAGGAGUCAUUGAAUCAGCCCCCAGUAACCUCAUACUCUCAAUACCCUGCUUCUUUGUCCGCUCCGCGGGUCGUUUUCAUGUUUCUGAUCCUGUAUUUGAGUUGUCUGAUGAUGAUGACUGA